AUGAGUGAUAAGAAGUCGUUCUACAACAAACCCGUGUCAGACACCUCGUUCCGCAAGACCUGGGACCGCGAAGCCUACACCGAAAAGGCUGCAGCAGACGAAGCCAAGUCCAAGGAAGAAGCCAAAGCACGCUACGAGGCCAAACUACAGGGCAAAAAAUACCAUGCUCCCGUCGACUUUAGCUCUCUCGAGGCCACUACCUCCCGCGCAAACCGGCUUGAUGUCGCCAGCUUGGUGGGAAAGACAACACUGGUACCCGCCGGUGCGGCGGUAGGGAAACGAGGUCGUGGUGCAGGAUUCUAUUGUUCAGACUGCGACUUGACGUUUAAGGACAAUAUACAGCUUGUCGAGCAUUUAAAUAGCAAACAGCAUUUGUAUGCAACGGGUCAAAGUGGAGAAGUUGUGAGAGCCGGAGUUGUGGAGGUCAGAACUCGUUUAAGGUGGUUGGCACAUAAGAAGAGGGUGCAGGAGGAGGAAGAUCGGAAAGCAGGACAGCUAGAUCUUGACCUGAGGAUCAAGACGAGGGAAGAAGAGGAGGCGAAGGAACGGGAAGAGAAGAGAAGGAAGAGGAACGAGAAGCGGAGAAAAUCUGGCAAGGACGGUGUCAAGCAGGAAGAUGCUUGGGAGGGCCGACUUGGUAUCAUAUCUUGA